AUGCUAUACGAAGGAACCUCGUUGCUGAACCACUGGUUCUGGCUUUUGUUAGCUGCUCUCACAGUUUCAUGGCUCCUAAUCAGGCCAAUUCUUCGACAUCGGCGGCUCUCAACAAUACCAGGCCCGCGUCUCUACAGCGUGUCCAGCAUCCCUCUGGCUUUAGACGCUUGGCAAGCUCGCUCUGUCCACAAGCUCCAAGAUCUUCACCAGCAAUACGGGCCCGUGGUCCGCAUCAAGCCGGAUCGAGUCUCCUUCAACAGUCUGUCCGCGCUCAGGACCAUAUAUGGAGCAGGCAGCAGCUUCGAAAGGACCUCCUUCUACUCAAUGUUCGACGCAUUCGGCAAGCCCAACAUGUUUACCUUUGGGUCAGGGGCAUUGCAUCGGGAUCGGAAGAAGCUUCUGAGCCACAUGUACUCAAACCAGACUGUGCUCGGACCGCAUUACUCCCAGUUGGUGAUGAACAAGGUUGCUGGCUUCCUGAAGAUGGUUGAAGAUGAACCAAAGCAAGCAUCGGAAAUCUUCACAAGCCUUCACUUCUUCUCUCUGGACGCAAUCAGCGAGUUCGUGUAUGGGCCUGAUCACGGAGGCACACGGGCGCUCCAGGGUAGCAACACCGACCGAAACAUGAUCUCGGACAUCCUUGAUCCAGCUCGUCGGAGACUGUCAUGGUUCCUGGUCCAUUUCCCCAGCUUCACAAAGUGGCUGAUCUCGAGGGAUGGACUGACCGGGAGUCUCAUCGCUCGGCUCGGUCUAUUGCCGAUGAACAAGCCCUUCACCUACUCUGGCAUUCGUCAGCAUGCGCUGAACGCUUUCUACUCGUUCCGAACCGCUUCCCAGAGCGGGCAGGCUGAGGCUAUAAAUACCACCGUUAUAGGCCGGCUAUUCCAGGUUCGGGAGAAACAAGCUCUUGACGACAUGGACAUUGCAUCGGAGUGUGCAGAUCACCUGCUAGCCGGCAUAGACACCACUGCCGACUCUCUCCUGUUUCUCAUUUGGGCGCUAUCUUUGCCAAAGCAUGAGAUCUACCAGACCAAGCUGCGGGACGAGGUGUCCCGCAUCUCCGUCAAUGCUGAGGGGUUGCCUGAGCCAAAGGAUCUCAUGCGUCUGCCGUAUCUCAAUGCGGUGUUGCGUGAGUCUCUCCGACUGUAUGCGCCACUUCCGACCUUUGAGCCACGGACUUGUCCUACAGAUCAAGUUAUUGACGGUUGUACCAUCCCCGCGGGCACCAUAGUAGGCAUGUCGCCGUACUGUCUCCACCGGGAUCCCGCCAUCUUUCCGGAGCCUCUGACGUUCCGCCCUGAGCGGUGGUUGACAGAAGAUGGACUCAUGGUGCCAGAGUCAGAUAUGAAGAACCGGUUCUUCUGGGCUUUCUCUAGCGGUGCUCGGAUGUGCAUUGGCAUGCAUCUGGCUAACGCAGAGAUGCUGACUUUGACAGCUGCAGUCUAUCGGAAGUACAGGACUCGCUCCAGGCGCCCGGACACAUCUCCAGGUAUCACAAGUCGGUUCGAGGUUUUUGCGGAUGAGGUCGUGCCGAAGAUGGAGGAGCAUCACUGCGAGAUUGACUUUGUUGCACUCGACCAAACAGUCUAG